UGAUUGCAUUGUCUCGUGUGUUGCAGGAUGAGGGAAUGGCAGUGGACAGUGGCGGGUGCCCGAUGAGAUGCCGGAUAACCUGGUGCGACCCGAGCUCGAUGUCAACGUUGACGGAGCCACCCAGGUACCUUCUACCCUUUACGAGAAGUGUAUACACAAUCUACACCAUGACCAUAAAUGGCAGCAGGAGACCAGCCUGGGUAAGCGGGUUGGCCUGUACCGUCUCCAGGGCGAGGUGGGCCGCGGAAACUUCUCCUACGUCAAGAUGGCCAUCCACGAGCUUACCAAAGAGAGAGUUGCGAUUAAGGUGCUGGACAAGGCUAAGCUGACAGCUAAAGCACGGCGCAUGCUCACACGCGAGAUUGCCAGCAUGGAGAGAGUACACCAUCCGAACAUCAUCAGGUUGUACGAGGUAGUGGAAACGUACAGCAAGCUCCAUCUUGUGAUGGAGUUUGCCAAUGGAGGUGAACUGUUCAACAAGCUGACAACGGAAGGAAAGCUGGGAGAACCAGAAGCUAAAGCCAUCUUCAUACAGCUGCUGUCUGCAGUAAAACACAUUCAUGAGCGCAACAUCAUCCACAGAGACAUCAAAGCUGAGAACGUGUUUCUAGGGCCGAGAGGUGUGGUCAAACUUGGGGACUUUGGCUUCAGCACACAACUCACAUCUGGAUCUCGAGAACUCCUCCACACAUUCUGCGGAUCACCCCCAUAUGCUGCUCCUGAGCUGUUCCAGGACGCAUCAUACGAGGGAGGUCCGGUGGACAUUUGGGCUCUCGGAGUAUUGAUGUUCUUCAUGACAACUGGUCACAUGCCGUUUCCUGCCGACUCCAUUGCAGGUCUCAAGCGCAGCAUCCUCCUGGGAGUCAUCACUAUUCCACCCCAUCUGUCAUCGCCUUGUCGAGUGCUCGUUCGUGCAAUUCUCAGACAGACCCCUAAAGAUCGGCUGACUGUAGAUCAAAUUAUGGAGUCGGAGUGGAUGAAAGAUGCGACCAGGAGUCAGGUGGAGUGUGAGCCAUGGAGCAUGUUGCCAACAGUUAAUACCGAGCAGUCAUUAAGUGAGAUAGAACGGACAGGGCUGGAGCGGCUGUCGGCCAUGGGUAUCUCAGCGGAGAUGCUACGUGAGCAGACACACCAAGGGGCACGGAGCCCUGUCAUUGCUACCUACCGUAUUGUCAUACACCGCCUGCAGAACAAUGCCCUGCUGCCACCUAUCGCACCUCCUCCUCGAGUUCCAAAGUCUAGGACAUGUGUUCUCUUGUAACUUCUGUUUCUGUGUAACUAUUUUAACUUUUAGUAACAGUUAUAUAACCAUGACAACCUGUCUACCGUUACUGCAUGCUCAGUUUAGCAUAGUAGCCUGACCAAAACUCAUUUUUGAGUAAUAUUCUAUUUUCAUUAUUAGAAAAAGAAGAGUUCUUUUAAAAUAAUAUUGAACUCUAUUAGCUUUGUAUUGUAGUUAUUUUAGGUUAUUUUUUAAUUAAGUUCUUCAGUAAUUUUAUAAAUUACAGUUACAGUUUGACCCAAGCCUAUAUGCCUUUUGCCUAUAUGUUUUUCACUAAAAAUACUUGAUUUUUGUUCACGAAAUGAGUUUAAAUCCUUAACUGACAGACUUUUAUAACAUUGAAAACAAAAAGAGACAAAAAAGGAAAUGCAAUGAAAGAAGAAUCACUAUUUAGAUGCAACACUAGGCAUGUUUGGGCUCUUUGGUAUUUUAAAAGUUAAAAAAUAUACUUAAAAUGCAUUUUGGAAACGUGCACAAAUGGUAUUUAGAGUAAAGAUUACAUGGUUACAGCUAAUAUAAAAUCAUGUUACUAAGCUGUUGAAUAAAUAGGAUUAUAUUACGUGAACUUACUAAAUCUGAAUAGUUAAUAAGCAUUAUACAACAUUUUUUUAUAUAAUUAUUUUUAAAUAAUAAUAUUUAAAAAAAGAAAAUAAUGAUGUUGAAUCCUAUGAUUUAUAUUUAAUUAUUAUCAGUCUAAACGAGAUUAUUGUUUCUCUUGAGUAGCUCAUAGUUGUUACCUCUAGAAUCUAAGAAUGAGUAUUACCACUAUGAUAUUAAAAUAUACUUAUUGACAAAAGUUCAAUGCUCAUGUGGUAGUGUAUUUUUAUAGUCUACCAAUAAUUGUCUGUCAACCUUAAUGUUCCACCAACAAAAAUUACUUCAACAGUAUGUAGAUAGUAUGUAUAGCUUGGUAAAUACUAGUAGACACAUAUCAGUAGUUUUAUAGUUGUAUAUACUAAACCUCAACACUGUAAAGAAUGUUCCUGUUAGUUUUAUAUUUUUGUAUUACUUUUUUAUUAAAUAUGUAAUGUUUUAGUCUUGUGUGGACUUUACGAGACUCUGAAGAAAUAUAGUGCAAAAGUUCGAUGUUAUGCCUAGUAGAAAUACCAAGCUCUUAUAAAUCUCAAAGACAAAUAGUUGUAAGAAAUUAAUUACAAUUAUAAACUCAAUUACUAGAUAGUAAAUAUUUUUAUGUAAA